AUGCCACCCUCCCUCCACUUCAAUGCCCAACCUGCCUGCCGCUGGCGCCUGGAUCCCGGCCCGUCUGUACAAGAAUGAAUGGACGAGGAAACUUGAGUUAUCUGAUAACGGAUAACCCAAGUUCCCCGUGUAAACCCAGUAAGACCCCGUUUCGCAUCAUAGAAGUCAGGACAUCGGUUCGCGUGCCUCUCCAGGUCUUUAUUACCAAAUCCGACCAACUUUCCCCCAAUACCAAUCCUUCCUACUCGCCAUGUCCUCGUCGGAAUCCGGGGACAGUAGUCCUACAGCUACUCCUCCUCCUCCUCCCGAGGAACUCCCCGACCAACCUUUCAAGGACCAUGAGAGUUUUAUUGAGGCCGGUUCUGCAUUAUCCAGCAAAACUAGUAUUGUGGUCCAAACGGAGGCUGAGAUCGAUGCGUUGAUGAGCCCUACGACUCCUCCUUCUGAAGAGCAGUUCCCUCGUCAGUCAGACAAAGACCACCAAGAUGGCACCGAAGAGACUGGUCUCCAAUUUGCCGGCGAUGCGCCCACCCCAGACCAAGCUGGGAUCAGCAAUCACGGUCAUGCGGGGCCUUUGUUGACCACUGUUGAGGUCACCGCCGACGCCGAAGUGAAGUCCCGUUGUCAGGCCGAAGAUGACAACCGUGCCAGCUCGGUCCCCAUUGUCACUCCGGGAGAACCUGACGAGAACCCACGCAUUUUGCUGGACGGGCCCAUGCCAUCGGUCCAGGAAGAAGAAAAGGCACCCUCAACAGGUGGCGGUUUUGAGCAGCCCGAAUCGCCCAACCUGUUCCCCGUAACGUCGUCCCCUGUGGUGCCAACUUCAGAUGAACCAUCAGCUCCGCUCUCAGAUUUGAAAACGGAACAGGAAUCGCCUGUAGUUUCCGCUCCGGACCCUUUCGCAGCCUCAGCCGAGGGCUCGAUCGAUAUAGAGGGUCGUGACGAGAUUGCUGGUGGUGACGGUGUUAAUAGUGAUGAGGAGGUUAAUGGUGGCGAUGAGGAUGAUAACGCGGAGGACGCAGAUGACAGCGAAAGCAAACACAACCCGUUCGAUUUCAAGGGCGCCCCCGUACAAGCUACCCCUAACGAGAGCCCUCUUGAUGCCUCGUCUGCGCUGCAAGACUUGUCGGCAAACGAGCUGUGGGAGCGCAUGAAAAGCAAGGGGGACAGGAACAAUGCACUGGAUCGACUGAUGGCCUUGGUGGGUCUGGAAAAUGUCAAGAUGCAAUUCCUCAAGAUCAAAGCGACCAUCGAUGCGGCCCGGGAGAGGAAGGGGUGGCUGAGACGACAGGAUCUGAAUAUGAUCAUUUUGGGUAACCCUGGAACAGGUAAAACGACGGUGGCAGAAAUCUACAAAGACUUUCUCAUUGAGUCCAAAGUAUGGACAGAGACGUGGAAGGAAGACGUAAGUUAAGCUCAUUUUCCCUGCCACAUAUACCCGGGUACUUACGACGGUCAUUCUUCUUUGGGUACCCCUUUUUUGUUCCCAGAGUCGCUUGCGGCGUUCGCAGUAUAGGUUGCGAGC